CGGAAGCGGAAGCGCGGGGGAGGGGCGGGGCUUUCCGGCGGGGAGCGAAGAUGCCGGCGCUGCUGGAGCGGCCCAAGCUCUCCUCGGCCAUGGCGCGCGCCCUGCACCGCCACGUCAUGGUGGAGCGCGAGCGCAAGCGGCAGGCUGGGAGCGUUUCCACGCGAGGGCCCCUGCAUCAGCCGGGAUCUCCCCCCCCGGGGGCGGGGGGCGGCCGGCCUGACCCCGGCUGUGUCCCCGCAGAGGAGGAAGAGGUGGACAAGAUGAUGGAGCAGAAGAUGAGGGAGGAACAGGAGCGGCGCCGGAAGAAGGAGAUGGAGGAGCGCAUGUCGCUGGAGGAGACCAAAGAGCAGAUCAGUAAGCUGGGGGAAAGGCUCCAGGCCCUGCAGGAGGAGAAGCAUCAGCUCUUUCUGCAGCUGAAGAAGGUGCUGCACGAGGAGGAGAAGCGCCGGCGCAAGGAGCAGAGCGACCUGACCACGCUGACGGCGGCACCCUAUCAGCAGGGCAUGGUCGCGCACGCCGGGACCCACAUCCUCAACAUGCAGGGGAGCCCCGGCGGACACAGCCGGGCCGGGACGCUGAUCUCGGCCGACCGGAGCAAGCAGAUCUUCGCGCCCCCCGUGAUCACGCAGCCGCGGCACUUCGCCACCCAGCCGGCCUUCGCGCCCGGCACCCCAGAGCACGGGCAGUACCAGAGCGGGCAGGCCGGGCCCAGCCCCUACGCCGUGGGGCAGGCCCAGCACUUCGCCCCGGGCCAGGCCGGGCCCGUCAGCUACGCCAGCAGCCAGCCCAUCCGCGGCCCCUCGGCCUUCCCCGCCAUGCAGUACCUGUCGCAGCAGCCGCCGGGGUACGCACUUCACGGACACUUCCCCCCCGCCCAGCCAGGUUUCAUUCCCCCCAGCACAACCAUCCCCCUGCAGAAACAACUGGAACACGCCAACCAGCAGUCCGGCUUCACCGACUCGUCAACCCUGCGCCCGAUGCACCCCCAGGCCCUGCACCCCAACCAGACCCUGCUGCCCAGCCCCCAGCUCCCUGUCCAGAUGCAGCCGGCCAGCAAGUCGGGCCUGGCCUCCCCUGGCAGCUUCCCCCACGGCUCCACCCCCCAGCAGGCCCACACGUCGGGCUUCCCCGCCAGCGGCCAGCCGGCCUCUCGUCUCCCCUUCAUCCAGGGCCAGCGCUUCUACCACAAGUGAGCCCCCGCCCGGGCCGCGGGGCGCCCAGCUCUGGGGAGGGGCCCGUGCCGACGCGGCCCCCUGCCCCCCGUCAAGGUUCCUUCCCCACUCUGAACUCGAGGGUACAGAGGGGGGGACCUGCAUGAAA